UGCUUUCCGCCCCUUACUUCCUAAUCUAGCGCAUUUCGAACACUUGCAAAGGCGCUCUCUGCCCCACUAGAAUCGUCCUCACCAGCGCCAGCGCUCAAGGCUCUCAACUACACCCGAGUUUCGUGCCGCUGUGGAAUUUCGUUGAUCACCCGGAAACGCAAAGACAUAGCUCUUGUUCACGCGCAUCAUUUUUUCGUCUUUAUUUCCUCUCUUCUCCAUCGCUGCUUUCGUUUGGUUCUAGUUUUGCCGGCUUGCAUCCGAACUACGCGCUCUUCCCUCUCAUUGUGUUCCUUCCUUCCGUCCCGAGCUUCUGGUACAUACAUCGACAUCCUGCCGUGAGCAAUGACUUGGUAAGCGGCCCAACCGCGAACCUCGUCGUCGCCAAAGGCGGAUUAGAUAUCUAGACCAAGACAGGUCGCUUCCGCGCUCCUUUUCUUUACCUUGUCUACAAUUGCCAUCGCAUCCAUGUCUUCUGCGGUUCGAGCUCCAUUCAUCACCGGCGCGACUGCCAUGGCGCCAGAUGUCGCUACGCCGCCGGGCGCCAGGAAGUUCAAGGCGUCCGACUUGCCACUCUCUUCAGCUCUGCGGUCUGCUAUUGAUGGCCUAGCACACAGCUUCAAGAAGAAGGGCGGAUACGACGCGAUUCGCAAACAGGUUUGGGAGAAAUUCGAGGCCAGCGACUACGAGGCGGAAAUCAUGAAAGCAAUCCGUAAAAUUGCUGAGCAAGAAGUUGAGCGCAAUCCGGUCCAACUUUUGACGCUCGAGCGAGGCAAAGCUGCUGCCCUUAUCGACGGCGCCGUGGAUCGCGGAGGCAUAUAUCAAAAGGCCGAGGCAGUCAUCGAUAGCCUUAUUGACAGCGCCGCCAUUGAGGCCCGCAUUCGUGAGUUGCGACGUGCCGAGAUCGGCGACGAGGCCGCCGAGGAAGAGUGCAUCCGUGGCACCAAGACCGACGAAGAUUAUGCGGCCGAGACAGCGGCACGGCGGGCCGAGCGCGAGCGAGUUCGCGAGGAGCUGAAAUUGGUUGAAGAGCGGAAACGACAACUUGAGCGCGAGAUCCAGGAGAGAGAGGAGAUGAAGCAGCGUGAGGAGGAGAAGGCGGCCCGAGAGGCGCGCCGUAAGAAAGAAGAAAAAGAGGCUGCGCUUCGAGAGAAGGAACGGCAAGAGCGACGCGAACAGCGCGAGCGCGAGAGAGAACGGAGUCGCGAGCGUCGUGAAAAGGAGCGCGAGCAGCGAGAUAGGGAGAAGCACCGAGAGCGAAGCCGCGACAGAGAUCGCCAUCGUGAUCGCGAUCGGGAACGGGACCGAGAUCGGAACCGGGACCACGAACGUCCUAAAGCGCGUUCAAGAGAGCGAGCUAGGGACGAAAACAGAGACCGGGAUCGACAUCGCGACGUGCAGGAGAGUCGCGACCCGAAACCAAAGGCCAGCAAGGAUGAGGGACGACGAGAGGAGGCAAAGAAGCAACUCACCAAGGAAGACCACGAGCGUCUCGAGCGCGAGGCGCUUGAGGAUCUUCUACGUGAGAGCAAACGCGUGUCUUCAAAACUCCCUGAAUUGGAGGUCGACGCAGCUCUAAUCCCCCCGCCAAGACGAACCAUGCCGGCCUCCGCUAUCGAUCCCAUUCGCCGCGGGUCCCCAAGGAUUCCCGAAAUGAAAAAGCCAGCACAGCCAGAAACUGCGACCAAGCCUCCAGAGUCCAAGGACGCCGCCAAAGAGAUUAAAGAGGUCAAAGACGCCAAGGAGCCCAAGGAUUCGAAAGAAUCCAAGGAUACCAAGACUUCCAAUGAAACGAAGGAGACAAAGGAGACGAAGGAGACAAAGGGAACGAAUGAGACGAAGGGAACGAAGGAAACCAAGGACGCUAAGGCACCCAAAGACACCAAGGAGACCAAAGAUGCCAAGGAUGCCAAGGAUCAAGGGGCCAAGGAUGAGAAGCGCAGGAGUAGGAGUCCCUCGCGCGUCUCCCGCUACCGAGAUAAGGAUCGGGAUCGUGAUCAUGACCGCGACCGUGACCGCGACCGUGACCGCGACCGUGGCCGAAAUGAAGAUCGUAGGCGACGGGAUCAUCGUUCCAGUUCCCCACGACCUCGACGCACCAAUCACAGCCAUUCCCGGAGAAGAGACCGCAGCCGCUCCAGGAUUCGAGAUACUAGAAAGGACGAGCGAAGAGACCGCAGCCGUUCUCGAGCCAGACCGGAACGGCGCGAUGACCGGAAAGUGGAGCCCAAAGAAAGGAGCCGCUCCCGAGCGAAGACGGAUCGCCGCGAGAGAAGUCGAUCCCGUCCCAGAGCAGACCGGAGAGAGCCUGAGAAGAAAGCCCGGAGCCGCUCUCGUGUCCGGGAGCAAAGCCGCUCAUCGCGCUACCGUGUUAAUCGGCGGGAACAUUCACGAUCGCGCUUGCGAUCCAGUCGCCGAGACAAGAGCCCGCGCGCUAACUCUCGCUCUCGCUCUCGAGACCGUGACCGUGACCGUGAUCGGGAUCGGCGCGAUAAGCGGGAGCGCAGCCGCUCCCCCAAUCCUAAACCGGACGCGAAACGUGAUACUGACCGACGUGAGCGGAGUGGCGAACGCGACAAAGAGCAGCGAGACAGGGGUAGGGAACGAGACCGCAAGAGCCGCUCCAGGUCACCAACAACCGUAGCCCGUCCUCCAUCCCAUCUGGGCCGCGACGAGAAAGAAGCCUGGAAGCAAGCCGAGGUGAAGAAGCGCGAGCAGGAAGCUAAAGCCUACCUUGCCGCCCAGAAAGUAGCCAGAGAGAAAGGCAUGCCAAUUCCCGGUAUCGACGACAAACGGCUUGGAGAGCGGUCGCCGGACCUCAAGCGCCGUCGCGAGCCUGAGGAGAUUGAUCGAUACGUCCCACCGGAGCGCGAGCGCGAGAAAGAGCGUCGUCCCGCCGCAGACCGCUACCGCGAUGGCGAUCGCGAUAGAGACAGAGACCGUGAUAGAGAUGGAGACCGCCAUCGCCCCCGCGAUCGAGACCGUGAUCGUGAUCGCGACCGUGACAGGGACGAUCGGCGGGAGAGACGUCGGACUAGAAGCCCCAGCCGUGAACGAGACAGGACGAAAUAGGGAUCAGGACCUGGACCGUUACACGCGCCGCAGCAGCCGACGGCGCACAUCAAGCAUCGGAUCAACCCGUCGGGAUCGGGAUCGAGACAGAGACGGCGACCGCCGCGACAGAAGCCGCAGCCGAAGGCGCAAUUGAUCCCGCACACGAAUCCUCCAGCAUAGAGAAGUUUAUUUUCUCACGCCUGAUUUGAUCUUUUGGUUCAUGGCCUCCAGCUUUGCCUCUUCUUCAGGCUCCAGCAUCAUCACGGCGGCCUAGCUAUGCGCUGUUAUGGGUAAUGUACAGGUACUAUCAACGUUGAGAAUAUGGCACAGACCAUUCAACGAACGAGAGGCACGGGUAACGGAACGGGGUGGGUGGCA